AUGGGCCGCUUCCGAGCGGAACAUGACAUGACCAUUGGUGUAGAGUUUGGUCAUCGAUUCGUGGAGAUAGAUGGCCAAACGAUCAAGCUGCAGAUCUGGGACACAGCUGGUCAAGAAGCCUUUCGGUCCAUCACGAGGGCGUACUAUCGCGGAGCCACAGGUGCUCUGCUGGUCUACGACAUCACGCGCCGGGCGUCCUUCGAUCGCCUGGCCGAAUGGCUCGUGGACGCGCGACAAAACGCGCAGCCGAACAUGGUCAUAAUGCUUAUCGGCAACAAGUCAGAUCUGGAGCGCCGGGAG